CGGUGAGCUUAGAAGUACGUAUCCCUUUGGGUUCGACGCAAACGACGUCCUUCAUUUACCACGCGCACGAAUAGUGAAUUCGUUUUCCAGAUCACAUAUAGCUUCCGCUCAUUCUCUGAUAUAGUUGAUCUUAAGUGAAAUCUUCAAAGUCGGCCAUCAUGUCUUUCGAACCCGUCAUGCCUCCCUUUAACUCGAGCGAUCCAUCCGCCAACUUCCUCAGCUCCUCCUGUCUCGACUUUCUCCUUAUUGAGCUCGUUCCUAUGGCCUACCGCGUAACUCAUGAGCGAGAUUCCAUCGCAUCAGAAUCAAAUGGCGCACCCGCAGAUACCGCCUCAACUAGCCAUGCAGUAAGCUCCAGCGCAGCCGGAAUAAUGGCUGGUACCGCGACAAGGAAGGACGAGGAAGAGGAUAUGGACGCAGUGCACUAUCGCCUUGAGAUGUUGGGGUACAGAGUAGGGCAGGGUCUCGUAGAGAGAUUCUCAAGAGACCGACCACGGUUCAACGACACACUCGACGUCAUCAAAUUCCUCUGCAAAGAUCUUUGGACGCUGGUGUUUGGCAAGAAUAUUGACAAUCUGAAGACAAAUCACAGAGGAGUCUACGUAUUGACCGACAACCUAUUCCGACCCUUCUCGCGCAUGAGCACAGAAGCUGGCGGCCAAGCAAUCGUUCGCGCACAACCGUUCUUGUGGUUCCCAUGCGGUGUUGUACGGGGUGCAUUGGCUGCCCUUGGAAUCAAUACCAGUGUCCAAGCUGAAAUCAACGAGUUGCCGGGUGCCGUGUUUCAGAUUAAAACCAUACCAAACAAGCCCUGAAGGAUUUGUCUGUCUAGCUAUAAUACCAUGAUACCCUUCUACCAAGCCUGGGCACAGCACGCCAAACAUCCGACCAACGAGUGCCAUGAACGCGCAAGAGCUAAAUUUCGCCAUGGUUUAGACCAAUCCUUGACCAAAACUCCAAUCAUACCUGCAGCAGUCCCCAAGAUUCAUCAAUAUCGGGGCUAUAAAGACAUCGACCGUAAAUCAUCGCCCGGAACAUUUCACAGCCUGCGCAAAGUCAUAUCAUCAGCAAUCGUGCUCAUGACUCAUAUUACUAUGUCUAGUGCCAUAGCUAUGGGCCUCCUCAGGAGUGUCCUUGCCUGCUCUGGAAGCCUCUUACUGGGUAUUAGGGAAGAUAUCAAAUAGGGGGUAUUCACUUUUGGGGAGGGUUGUGGACAAAGCUGACACCCUUGGAGAUGUUGCCCUUGAGGCCCUCGGUGGCCUUGGCCAGAAGAGCCUUCUCCUUCUCGGUAAUGCCCUCCAGUGGGUUGGUGGCCUUCUCGGCACCGUUGGGCUAUGUAAUAUUAGCACAUAUCCCAUCUAGAAACGAAACAAUCUGCUACUUACGCCGAGCUCAAUGGGAACAGAGAAGAAGUCGGUGCCAGUCUCCUUAGCGAUGGCCUCACCUCCAGGGAUACCACCUCCAGAGACUCCGGGAAGGUAGACGUAGCUAGGCUCGACGAGUCCCUUCUCGCCCUUUACGGCACGGAGAACCUUCUCGGCGAAUCUACAGCCAUGUUAGUCACUGGGUGAAGCAACGUGAAGUGGUCAGGCAACCGACCGGAAACCAGCGUAAGCCAUUGACAGAGUGGCGCUGCCAGCACCAUCCUUGGCCUUGACGACCUCGUCACCGCCGAACUGGACGCGGUUCACGAGAGCAUCGUACUUGUCCUCAGGGAUCUGAACGGCAGGCGAGGCCUUGCUGAAAAGAGGGACGAUGGUUUCUCCAGAGUGACCACCAAUGACGGGGAUGGUCAGCUCUUGGGGGUUAGCCCUGCCAGUGAUCUCGGCAACGAAGGUCUCGGCACGGACGAUGUCGAGGGUGGUGACACCAAAGAGACGCUGGGGGUUGAAGACGCCCUUGGCCUUGAGGACCUCAGCAGCGAUAGGGACGGUAGAGUUGACGGGGUUGGAGAUGACGAGGAUGAAGGCCUUGGGGGCGACCUCGGCGGCAACCUCGAUGAGACCCUUCACAAUGCCAGCAUUGAUGUUGAAGAGAUCGUCACGAGUCAUACCAGGCUUGCCUGUGCGGGGGAUGUGGUCAGUAGAGUAAAAACUGGGGAAGGGGCUCCGGGGUCGGUCGGACACGCGGGGACCAACGCCGGAUGUCCGGGGUAAGAGCUUUACAUACGGGGAAUGCCAGCGGGGAUGACAAUAAUGUCGGCGUCCUUGAAAGCAGCCUUAGCGCCAUCGUUGGCGGGAAGGUAGCCAGUUGUCUUCUGCAGAGGGUGUGAGCAAAUAGUGUGUUUCGGUGGAAGGGAAUUAUGCAUGUUCGACUGGGGAAAAUCCGGGGUCGACUCACGGCGCGGGAGGAGAUGUGGGAGAGAUCGGUGGCAACGCCGGGGGUGUUGACGACAUCGUAAAGAGCGAGCUCGUCGAUAUGAGGGGAUGUCUUAAGGAGAAGAGAAAGAGGCUGUAUAUCGAUCAAUGUUAGUUGGUGCAAUUUCAAGAUUUGAGUGAGCAAGUUUCAACGUACCUGACCAAUGCCACCAGAGGCGCCAGCGACAACUAUACAAAACGUCAAUUAUUGCUCUGAGAAGUGCUGAGAGACAACAUCACGGUGUGAAGAGCGC